GUAACAUCAUUUCGGAUGUCUCGUGACGUGUCCGCCGCCUCGCCGUCUACUCUGGAGGUCGUCAGCUUCCUCGGCAAAACGGUCGGCGCAGGCGCGGCACUGACAGCUGCUGUCUACUUACUCCGCAAAGUGUGUUUAAUAAUGGCCUGGAAAUCUGGAGGAGCUAGCCACGCAGAGCUUGUCAACAACCUCCGCAAAAAUGGCAUUAUUAAAUCCGACAAGGUCUAUGAAGUCAUGCUGGCCACAGACCGAGCCCAUUUCUCUAGGAGUAAUCCGUACAUGGACUCGCCACAGGCAAUAGGCUAUCAAGCAACCAUCAGCGCCCCACACAUGCACGCCUACGCCCUGGAGCUUCUACACGACCAGCUGUACGAGGGAGCCAAAGCUCUGGACGUUGGCUCCGGCAGUGGGAUCCUGUCGGUUUGCUUCGCAAGAAUGGUUGGUGCAAAAGGGAAAGUUAUAGGAAUUGAUCACAUCAAAGAGCUGGUAGACGAUUCGAUAACCAAUGUGAAGAAAGAUGACCCCAGUUUGAUAACAUCAGGCAGAAUCAAGCUAAUAGUGGGAGAUGGGCGAAUGGGCUUCCCUGAGGAAGCACCUUAUGAUGCCAUCCAUGUUGGCGCAGCAGCACCCAAUGUCCCCCAAGCUCUUCUGGACCAGCUGAAGCCCGGCGGCCGGCUGAUUCUGCCUGUCGGCCCCGCGGGAGGAAACCAGAUGUUGGAGCAGUACGACAAGAUGGAGGAUGGCAGCACCAAAAUGAAGCCCUUGAUGGGGGUGAUUUAUGUGCCUUUAACAGACAAAGAGAAGCAGUGUUCCAGGUGGAAGUGACUUCCUUCUCCCCCUCCUCCCCCCUCUCUCCUUCUCACAGUGGCAAAGGGAUGAACUUUGAAGAGGAAGACAGUCCAUACUCCACCUUUAAGUUUGAACCUGGAGAAAACUCGGACGGGGUCAAACAGCCCAUGG